GUCACUGAGUUCGGCUUCUCUCUCACAGCCAUGGAAGACGAGGAGAGACAGAAAAAGCUGGAGGCCGGUAAAGCCAAGCUUGCCCAAUUCCGGCAACGGAAAGCUCAGACUGAUCUUCAAAAUCCAGGGAAAAAACAGAAGAAGAAGAAAAAAGUAGCAAGCAAACUGGAGGAGCAAGGGCAACCUGUCACAGCUAAGCAUCAUCAGCAAGAUAUUAAAACAAGUGCAGAGAGAGGACCAGCGAGGGAAGGUGAAGAGUUAAUCAUUAAUAGGAUUUUACAUAGUGGAGAUGUAAUCAAACAGGACCAGACCUAUAUGAUUGAGCCAGAAAGUGAAGUGUCCACAACAGCUGAUGACUGUACAUCAGAGGCAAAUGGUUGUUGUACAGUGCCACAAGAAUUGGCAUUUAAAGCAGAAGAUAUGACGAGGGUACAGUAUGAAGAAGAGGAAUUUAGCAUAUCAGGAACCUGCUCUGAGCAUGAUGCAAAGUCCUUUCAGACAAGACUUGAGAUAAUGGAGGAAGAUUUAACUGCAAAACAACAAGAGAUUGAAGAGCUGAAUAGGGAGCUUGAAGAGCUGAGAGGGGUAUUUGGUAAAGAAGGUUUCCAGCAGCUACAGGACUUUGAAGCUGCAGUCAAGCAGAGAGAUGGCAUUAUUACACAACUCACUGCUAAUCUACAGCAAGCUAGGAAAGAAAAGGAUGAGAUACUUCAAGAAUUUUUGGACUUAACAGAGCAAAGUCAAAAACUACAAAUCCAAUUUCAACAGUUGCAAGCCAGUGAAGCUGUGAGAAGUACUAACCAUGGUACAACAGCAGCUGACUUGAUACAUUCAAAGCAGCAGCUCAUUACUUAUCAAAUGCAGAUUGAAGAGCAGGAACAACAGUUGAAGGCCUUCCAGGAAAUGAAUGAUAAAUGUCAGCAACAAAUAAAAUAUCUACAGACUCAGCUUCAAGAUCAAGCAGUGAGUGACAAUGAAAAGACCGAUAAUGCACUGAAGUUAAAUAGCAAAGACCAAUUAAUUGAACAGCUUGAAAACACUGUUAAAGAACAUGAAAAUGUGACAUUAUUGUUGAAAGAUAAGAUGUUUGCUUCUGAUAAAUUAGUUCAAGAUUUAAAUGAACAGAUAUUGAAAACAAAUCAAGCUACUGAGUACCUGAGGACAGAAUUGACUAAUUCAAAGCAAAGGGAGAGACAGUCAUCGGAUGAAAUAAAGCAGUUAAUGGGUACAGUGGAAGCACUUCAGAAACGCUGUCAUAUGGGCAAUUUGUCUGAAUUAGAAACCGUACAAAGGAUUGAAAUAGAAAAUCAUCGGAAAAUGGAGCAACUUCAAGCAGAAUUGGAUGAGAUGUAUGGAAAACAGAUAGUGCAGAUGAAGCAAGAAUUGCAGCAGCAACAUACUUUGGAGAUUAGAAGACUUACUGAGCAGCAUAAAAAUGAAAUGGAAAAGGCUUUAGGUCAUUCUGUUAAUAACUUAGUCAAUGAGGAACAAAUUAAUUUGUUAAAUGUGGCAAUCAAUGAAUUAAAUGCCAAAUUAAGAGACUCUCAUUUUCAGAGAGACCAAAUUAGGCAAGAAAUGACACAACAGCUGGAAAGAGCUUCUGAAAAAAACAUACAGCUGCAGAACCAAGUUGAAGAACUCUUAGAAGAGCUCAGCUUCACUAAAGGUCAAAUUCGGAGAGCCUCAGAAAGUAUUACUGAUCAGAAAUACAAAAUGCAUGAAGUAGAAGAACUGAAAAAUAUGGUUGAGCAGUUGAAGGCCCAACUAUUAGCUACUUCAGAGUUUAAUAAGGAGCUGGAAUCUGAGCAUGAGGCAGAAGUUACCAACUAUAAAAUUAAGCUUGAUAUGCUGGAGAGGGAAAAAGAUGAAGUUUUGGAUAGGAUGGCUGAAUCUCAAGAAGCUGAAUUAGAAAGAGUAAGGACUCAACUUCUUUUCAGCCAUGAAGAAGAGCUGAGUAAACUAAAAGAAGACCUCAAAAGAGAACAUAUAUUAAAUGUUUGUAAUAUUCGGGAAGAAAUGGCCAUGAAACAGAAUCAGCAUUUGGAAAGCUUGCAAACAGAAUUUGGUAAAACAGUGAAAGAAAUGAAAUGUGAAAGGGAUAAUAUGGUCAUUAAAAAUAACCAACUAUUAUCUGAGAUUGCCAUAUUAAAAAAAGAACUGCAGACAUCACUUAAGAAUGAUAAAGUGGAAGAGGUGUAUUUGCGGAUAAGUGAACUUGAAACAGAAAUUGAAGCAUUAAGAGAAGUUGAGAAAGAAAAGAAUACACUGGAAAAAGGAAUACUAGAGCUACAAGCUAGGAAUAAUGUUUUGGAGAAACAGUUUGAGGAGCAGAAAGCUAUGGAGAUAAAAAUCAAAGGGCUUCAGAAAGAAAAUGAAGGUCUUCAAGAAACCAAAAAACAAUUAGAAGAAAAGCUAAAAAUUUGCAUUGAAUCUGAAGAGAAUACGUUGGCAUUAGUUAGUGAAAAUGAGCUUUCAGAAAUGAGAGGACACAUUGAAAGACUUACAGCAGUUAAUGGACAGCUUGAAGCCCGUGAGAGGGAACUCCAAGAGGAGGUUGAGAGACAAAGGAACACCUUUUCUUUUGCUGAGAAAAACUUUGAAGUUAACUUUCAAGAAUUACGUGAUGAAUAUGAUUGUCUGCUGAAAAUGAAGUCGCGAAUAGAAGAAAUGAUGGUUAAGCAAGAAAUUGAAUAUGAAUCCAAGUUAAAGAUCUUAAAUGAACAGCUCCAGCUGUCAGAGUUAAAGAAAGAUACUGAAAAUUGCACAGUGAUAAAUAAAGUGCAACUGGACAAAACAUUUGAUAAUUCCAGUAGCCAACCUAUAAGCAUAGGAAGCAGAGAGGUCAUUGAAAAAGAUACAACUGAACUCAUGGAAAAACUUGAGAUAGCUCAACAGGAUAAAAAUGAGCUAUCUAAGAGACUUUCAGAUCUUUCAGAGGUUUUGAUUUUGAGGCAAAAUGAAAUUUUACACUUGAAAGAGAAACUGAAAUUUCUAAAAGAACAAACUGCAGAAAGGUGUGAGAAAAUGGACAGAAUUGAGAAUCAAAAACUGCCAGAUGUUAAAGUGAAGACCCAAGAACACCACCAAAUGUCCCAAACAAACAUAAUCAAAACAAAGAAUGAAUAUCAGUCUAAAGAGCCAUCUUUUAUUGUUUCUUGUGAAUUAAAAGAACAUGAACAACAGGAAGAAAAUAUAAUGGAACAAUUAAUUUCACUACAAAAUUCAAUGAAGAUUAUUGUUUUAGAAAGAGAUGAGAUGCAACAAAAUCAGAUUAACCUUAUCCAAGAAAAAGAAUCUCUAUUAACCCAAAAUCAGCACUUAAGAGAGAAACUAGCAUCUGAAUCCUUAGUCGAUCUACAGACUGAAAGGGACCAUCUCAAACAUCAGCUAGAGUCUGUUCGAGCUGAACAGCUGGGUUUGGCUGAACUUGUGCAGCAGAAAACUUUGAUGGAAGAAACUUUUCACAAAAAGAGAGAGGAAAUGGAAAGUACUUUAAUUAAAGCUCAACAGGAGAAGUUGGAACUGGAGAAGAAGAUUGAAGCACACUUUGGAGUUCCUAUGUGUGAACUGCAUACUGGAUUGGUGGAAAAUCAGCAAGCAAAAGAUACAGAGCAAGAAGGAUGUGAGAAUUCUGCCGCAGUUCAAGGAUGUACUGCGUCUGCUCAAGGUUACUUGGCUCAGCUGGAACAAACUAAGAAGCAGACAGAGGUUGAGUUAAAGCUUCAGUUGGAGGCUCAGCGCAUUAGUCUUUCUCAGAUUUAUGCUGCUCAGCUGGAGCUUAUCCGUGACAAUUUGAAAAAUGAAAAAGAGAUCGCUCUUGAAAGACUCCAGGAGAAGCUCACAAUCUCUCAUACUUCAGAAAUAAAACAGCUUCAAGCAUUGUACCAGCAGGAAUUACAGGACUUCAAAAAACCUCAGAAAGGCUUUGAAGAAUCUUCACAAAUGUUGAUAGAGAAGCUCAACAAGAAGAUAUCCGAUGAAUGCAUGCAACUCACCCAGCUAUUUGCCACUGUACUGGAUGAAGAUAAUUUGUUAGAAAGAAGAGAACAUGAAGAUCAAUCUGAGGAAGCUUUAUCUUUGGGAUUUGCAGACUGUAUUAAUGAGGGAAGCCAGGUCCACAAAGACCCCACUGAAGGAGCAAGAGCAAUGCAAACUUAUCUACAGGUACUGCAAAGGAAAUUACUUGAGGAAUAUGGUCAACUAAGAGAUCUGCAAACACAAUUAACUAAUGACUUCAAAAAGAUUGAAGACCUCCAGGCUGCGUACAUAAAUUUGCAGUUACAAAGUCAAGAAGAAAAUGCUAGUUUGCGAAUGCAGAUAGAAAGCUCACGUGCUAGUUCUCAAGACCUUAAUGAUCUUAAGGAACAGUUAAGAGUCCGGUCAGCUCGACUUGAAGAGAUUGAAAAGAUAAAGCUGGAGUUUUGCCAACAGAAGGCCGAGUUAGAGAACCAACAUGUAGAAGAAAUAAAAGGUCUGACGUCUUCUCAUGAAAAACAGUUCAAAGAAAUGGAGGAGAAAUACACUGCAGAGGUCAUCUCUCUGAAGGAAAAGCUGCAGAAAGUAACUAGCUUAUUGACACAGUGCAGGUCAGAAAUAAAUGUCGCUAACGAGCAAGUGGCUGAAAGUUGUGGUGUUGAUCGAGAGCAGCAAAAGGUAGGGGCAGAUAAGGUUGAGGCAAAGGUGGAUAGCACUCAGCAACGGCAAUGGCACGUGAAACAGCUUGGUUCGUCACAACAGUUUCAAAGUUUGGGAAAGGCUAUACAUGCCAAAUAUAAAGAGGAGGUUUCUGAUUUGAAAGAGCAACACGGUCAAACACUAGAACACCUGGAAUUUGCUAUAAAAACACAAUAUGGUCAGGUGGAGGAAAUAUUUGGAAUGGAGCCAACUAAGUUUGCUGGGGGGGAACCUACUUCAAGGGUUUUGAAUGAAGUUCUUCAAACAGGUGUAUUGCACGACACUGAAGAGCAAAAAAGUAAAUCUAGUCAAGUUAUAUAUCUUCUAGAGAAGCAAUAUGAAGAACGUCUGCAGGAAGAAAUAGCUAAGGUAAUUGUACAGAUGUCUGUACAGUUUGCUCAACAGAGUGAGAUGACUAGGAUGAUGAGGCACCAAGAAGAGCCUACCCCAUGUAAAAUAAGUGAUGAAGAAUGGGAGAAAAAAAUAGAACAGAGGUUAGGGAUUCUUAAACAAGAUCUACAGUUUCAGUUUGAUGCAGACAAACAAAUAUUAGAAAAUCUGUUUUUAGAAGAAAAGGAGGAACUUCGGAGAACUUUGAAACAGAAGGAUGCUGAAAUUCUAGCUAUUCAAAGGCAAUUGCAAAAUUACAAGACUGAAUAUAAAUUGGACAUGACUGGUGUGAUUUCAGAAGCUGCUUUGCAGGAGGAGUUUUUGAAUGCUGACCAGGAACUAUUCGAGGAUUCUUAUGUUAAAGAUAAUUCCAGUCUGAAAGAAAUGAACAAUGAAUGUAAAAUUGAAGCUACUGAAUUAGAGAGACAAGAAGUUGCACAGGAAAGAUUAGAAGACAUGAGGCAGGAGCUUGUUCGACAGGAUCAGGAGCAUCAACAAUCAGUAGAAGCUUUACGACAGUUCCACACACAACAGCUGGAGCGACUACAUGAAGAACGAGAGCAAUUGUUGGCUGAGGUCGAAAAACUGAAGGAACAGCUUGCAGAGAACGGCCGCGUUUGUAAUGAGAAACUGUUAUUAGACAAUGAAAGAAUGUUUGAAGAACUGGAAAAAUUUAAAUGUAUUCAUGCAACUGGAAAGGAAGGACUUUCUCAGGGAACCUGCAACAGAACUACACAGACAGUCAUGAGUGAAACAGAAGACCAGCAUAAAUCCCAAGAGCAUUCUGCUGAGGCCAACAGCAUAUCAUCAAAUGAAGAAAAAUCUGAAGAAGCAAAUGAAAGUGACCUCACAGAACAAAGAAAUAGUUUACAGAAGACCAAUGAGAGACUCUUGAAAGUGUUGUCAGAAGUGGUUAAGACGACGGCAGCUGCAGAAGAAACUAUAAGUAGGCAUGUUUCAGCCUUCCUAGAGAGAUCAAUCAAAGGACAGCCUCCUUUGAGAACACCUUUGUGGGAUCAAGACGAACAAGAGCCCAUUGAGGCACUGCAGCCUUUCAAAUUCCAGAGCCAUGAAGCUGUCGAAGAAGAGCAGUCAAAUUCCUAUCAUGGUAGUGACACAGGAGGUGAUGAUACUAGUAUCUGGUCAGGAGGGACAGAUGAAGGACUGGAGCUGUCUCAUCGUUUCAGAGGUGGAAUACUGGAUCCUGAGAUUGAAGAGCUUGUACUAAAUGUGGGGACCCGCCUUCACGCUGCUUUAGAAAAAUUACUGGGUGCUAUUACUGAAACCACCUAUCAGCUUGAUCAUGCCAGGGUCACUCAGACAGAGCUCAUGCGAGAUUCUGUCCGAAAAAAAACGGAGAUUGCUGAUUUACGUAAACGCCAAGCAGAGCUCCUUGACAGAGUUAAUGAAGAGCUGAAGGCUAGGGAGAAGUUGGCAUUGGAGCUUCAUAAAGCAGAAGGUAUUAUUGAUGGUUACACAGAAGAGAAAGCCAGCUUAGAAAGGCAGAUUCAUGAGAAAACUGAGAUCCAGCAUCAGAUUGCACAGGAACUCCAGCAUACAAGUAGCCGUCUGCAUGAGCUAGAAGAAGAGCGACAACAACUUCAUCAAGAGAGGGAAUUAAUCACAAGACAACAGGUUGCAAUGAAAGAAAAUGCAGGAACUGUGGAGCUCCGCCUAGUUGAAGCUGCAGAUGCAGCACCAGAAGCAGAACUACUGGAGGAGACAGAAAAGCUCAUGAAGGAAAAACAGGAAGUGCAGCGCCAGGCAGAGAAAGAACAAAAUGACCUCACCAAACAGGUGAAAAUGCUAGAAAGUGAAUUAGAGGAGCAGGUGAACACGGUGAUAGAGAUGGAACAGGAAAAGAAUGCUGAGAUUCUGGACUUGCAGCAGCAGAUUGUAGCCUUGGAAAAACAACUGGAGAAAAACAGAAAAUUUUUGGAUGAACAGGCAAUAGACCGUGAACAGGAGAGAGAUGUAUUUCAGCAAGAGAUACUGAAAUUGGAGCAACAACUGAAAGCUCCACAAAGGCUCCAACCUAUCACUGAUCAAAGAAAUAGAGAGAUGGAAAAUCUGGCAGAUCAGUUGAAAGACAAGACUGACCGGUGCAGUGAACUUCUGCUUGCCAAAGAACAGCUUCAAAGAGAUGUACAAGAACGAAAUGAAGAAAUUGAGAAAAUGGAAAACAGAGUAAGGGAGCUCGAACAGGCAUUGAUCAGUACCACUUAUCCUUUACAAAAGGCUGAAGAAAGAAAAUCACAGUUUACCCUUGAAAUCCAAGGGGAUAGUGUGCUUGAGACACAGCUGCAAGCAGAACGUGAUGCUUUAGAGCGAAAAGAGAAGGAGAUCACAAACUUGGAAGAACAGUUGGAGCAGUUUAGAGAAGAGCUAUUAAAUAAGAAUGAAGAAGUUCAGCAGUUGCACAUGCAGUUAGAAAUUCAGAGGAAAGAAGCUGCCACCCAGCUGCAGGAGAUUCAGCUAGAAAACAAACAACUUGAAAAUGAAGUGAACAGCUUGCAAGUGUCAAUGCUUGAUUCUAAUGGAUCAUUUGGUAAUCACUCAUAUGCUGGAAACUUGUCUCAAACUCUCAAGGAAAGAGAUGAAGAAAUAGAAAAACUCAAUGAACAAAUUGUAAAGUUGCAACAGCAGCUUGAACUCACUCCUGACAAUAAGAUCACUGGGAAAAAUAAUGAACAGAUCAGGGAACUGGAAGCCCAAAUAGAAUGUCUAAAAUGUGAUCAAGAACGCCUAAAAAAGUAUAAUGAGGAAGAGGUUGAACAGUUAAAUGAAGUAAUAGAAAAGUUGCAGCAGGAACUGAUGAAAGUAAUGCCAUUGGAAUUAGUUUCUUCUGAAGAUGCGGGGAAUUUAAAACUUGAGUUUGAUAAAAUGAUGGUAGAAAAAAAGCUGCUGCAGCAACAAUUAGAUAAUCAAAAUGAAGAAUUAAUACUCUCUCAACAGAAACUAGAAGAACAAAACAGAAUAUUGCAAAUUCGGGGAUUAGAAUUGAUAAAAACCCAAGUGGAGAAAAAGGAUGGUUUUACAGAUGUUCAAGACUCUAUCAGUAAUGUGGAAGUCAGAAUGCAGGAGUUACAGGCAGCUAUUGAAAAGAAAGAGAAAGAGUUAGAUUUAUGUCGCCUUCAAAUACAAAGCCUAAAGAAACAGGCUCAGACUGAAAUUAAAGAACAUGAAAACCAAAUUCUCACUCUGGAAGAAGCUCUCAGGGAGAAAGUAGCAACAGUUCUAGUGAGCCAAGCACAGUUACAGGCAGUGCAACAGCAAAUAAGGAUAUGUGUUGAGCAACAAAGGAGUCAAAUUAAAGAACGAGAAACUGUUUCUGGUAAAAAGGAAAGAACACCUUUGGAACACCCACAAGAAGGCGAUAAAACACAGAUGUGGCCAGUAGAAACAAAAGAUACUGAUCAAAUAGUUCUACAAAGACAGGAAAUGAUAAUUGAACACCAAACAAAAGAAUUAACCAUGUUAAGAGGGCAGCUAACUGAGGUGCAACAGGAAGUAAUUGAUUUCCAAAAAGAACUUGAAUUUGAAAAGAAAGCACUUUCAACUACUCAAAAAGAAGCCACAGAAAAAGAAGAGAAAUUAAUCGAGUUGUAUCGCGUGUUAGAAAGAAAGAAUGAACCAAUAGAAGAACAAGACAGUGAGGGAUGGAUUUCAACAUCUUUUAUUGCUAAUGAGAAGAAAGUUUCAUGCCUAGGAACUCCUGUUCAACAAGGAGCCACUUCUAUAACUGACCUGAUUUCUGAACUAGGGCAGGUCAAAGCUGAAGCUGCAGUGACUAAAGAACAAUUCAAUUAUUACAGAGGGCAGACUGAGAAACUCCAAGAAGACUUGCGGGCAAAAGAGCUAACUAUAAUAAAUCUUCAGAGAAAACUCAAUACUGCAAAGGAAGCCUUGUGCAAAGAGAAAGACCCCUAUUUGGAACAAGAUGACCAAACUCCUCAGAAAUGUGCUACUGCAGAACCAAAAAAUACUUUGACCAAAGAAAGAGCAAUAAAAUUCCUGGUGGACUCAGCAGUCCAAACCGAAGAAUUGAUUUCUGAUAUUGUUGAGGCUCCACUGACCACUUGUAAAAAUGCAGAACAGCAAACUAAUUUUCAACCUUCAUAUGUUAGUUCUUCAGAGGAAGUUACGAAAAUAAGAAGUCAGUGCUCUGAAAAACUUCUUCAAAUGCGAGAAUUCCAUGGUACUGAACUGGCCAAACUGGAAGCAAGAUAUUCUGCUAAAACAGAAGCCUUGAUAAGUGACCACACUGCUCAACUAAAUGCACUGAGGGAAGAAUAUGAUGCUGUCAAAGCAGUGAUGAAUAGAUCAAGACUGGUGCAUCUUGAUAGACCAGAACCAUCUAUCACAUUACAACUCAGGGAUAGAGAUGUCAGUGAUGGCAGCUUUGUCGGGAGUCCAGGAACAUUUAAUAUUACUACUGAAGGACAGGAAUCCAGAACCAUGUCUGAAGGAAUUAGGAGAGUAAACAAUGUGUCUCACGCAGUUCGUGCACCACUCCAGCAUGGUACAGAGAAUCUUCCUGACAAAAUAAAGUCUUUACUUCAUGAGGUGCACCAAGAGGGUAUGCAGGUGUUGACCCUUUCAGAAUCCCCCUACUUAGAAGGACAACAGCAACCUCUAGAAAAUCGCCCAGAGGGUUGGCUUCAAGAAAGAUGGGAACUUUUGAACGUGGUGCAGUCACUUAAAGAUGUACUUGCCAAUGUUCAGGGAACUGGGGAAGCCAAGGCUUUACCCACUGAAAACAUCACAGACUGGCGGCGUGAACUUCUCCAAGCUGUUCAAAAUGUUUUCAACAAAGAACGUGAUGUCUUUAUGGUUGCUCUUCGUGCACAAGCUUCAUCCUUGAAUAGUAUGGAUGCAAUGACAUUAUUGAACUUACUGAAAGAACAGGAAACGCAGAGGAGAGCAGAUGUGGAACAAUUAAUGACUGCGGAUAGGAAUAGUAUGAUGAUGGAAAUACGUGAACUUUGGUCAUAUCUGCAAAGAGCCCAAAAGGGUGACAAGAAGUCCAUGAUUGUGGAAGAAAAUAGUACACAAAGAAAUGAAGUGGAACUACUGGGAAACAGUUUACAACAGAAGCAGGCUCAGAUUCUCGAGUUACAGAUGGAAUUGAGUACACUAAAGGAAAAGGGAGCUGAACUCCAAGGCCACCUGAAUUUGGAAAAGAUGGUAGCGGCAGAGCUGAAAAAUGAGGUGUCUCAAACCAAAUUGGAACUUGAAACAACACUCAAGACACAACACAAGCACUUUAAAGAGUUGGAGAUGCUAAGAGUUGAGUUAACUGACAAGGCAGCCAAAGUAGACAUGCUGAAUGAUGCACUGGCAAAUGAACAGAAGAAGGCACGGGAACUGCAAUGGGCAUUGGAAAAGGAGAAAUGUAAGGUAGAUAGAAAAGAAGAACAAGACCAAGAGGAAUUGGAGGACUUGAAGUUUGCACUUGAAGAUCAAAAGAAAAGAUAUUUGCAGUUGGAGUGUGCUUUGGAAAAGGAAAGAGUGACAAUAAACGAACUCAGACAGAAUCGAGAUUCUGAGAAAGUACUGCACGAAGCUGAACUAUCACAUGAGAAAAGCCGCAACACUGAGCUCCAAAUUGUCUUAGAUGCUGAGAAAACCAGAUCUCAUGAGUUAAACAAUGUACUAGAAAGAGAACGCCAGCUCUUGAAGCAACUUCAGAGUGCAGAGGAAAUGCAGGGAGGGAUGCAAAAGCCGGCUGGGAUGACAUCUGAGGUGCUUGUAAGGGAGCUACAGAAACAGCUAGAAGAUCAGCAUAACCGUAUAGUAGAGUUGGUUAGUGAGAUGGAAAGAUAUAAACUUGAGUCUGUUCAGUUGAGGCAGUGCCUUGAGGAGCAGCAACAGAUUCAUAAGAAGUCUCUGUUAAAGGAGCAAGAAUCACAUAGACUAAUUCUAGAGAAAGUGGAUUCCUUGCAGCUCCAAGCAAAAGAGCUCCUGGACCAGCUGGAAAAAGAAAAAGAAGAAGUUUUAAAAUUGCAAAGAGAGGAGGCAAAGUUGAAAAAAGCACUUCAGGAAUUACAGGAAACUGAUCAAGUGAGAAGUGAAAGAGAAGCAGAAAAUCAACUGGACAGAGAUAUAGCUGACACUGAAAAGGUGUCUCAGACUAAGACCAACGUUGGGCUUUCAACUGAUAGAACAAGAAACUGGAUUAUGCAGCAGAAGCUAGCAACAACAGAGACUGGAAAUAAUGCAUCUGUUUCUAGCAAGCAGUGGUGUACUCAGUCAAUGAAUGAUGUUGAAAUUGAUGGCGAAGGGGCCGCAUCUGGAGAAAAUAUUAACCUGGAGAGCAUCAGACAGAAGAUACAGCUGAUUGUUUCCAAACUCAGAACGAUAGCCAACAAAGUUGCUACCAGGAUGCAGCACAGCACUGAAACCAUGGAUGACGAAGACCUGAUCUGGCUACAGAAUAAUAUUCAGGACAUUACAUUGCAGUUACAGCAGCUGCAAACCCCUGUACCAGAGCAGAACAUCAUAAUUCCCUCUAGUGCAUCAACUAGCACUCUCACUGAGCGACUUUUGAAGCAAAAUGCAGACCUGACUGGCUUUGUCAGCAAACUCACAGAAGAAAAGAAUGACCUUCACAACAGUCUACUGAAAUUACACGAAGAGGUUCGAAAAUACCGUCAACGCAGUUCAAGUAGCGAUCAGAUAUCAAGAAGGCAUUUGGAUAACCAGGACAGUGUUGAUGCCCUAAUAAAAUCAGAAAGAAUAGUUUGGGCAAAAGAAAAAUCUAAUCUGCAGAAAGCCCUAAAGCUAGCAGAGGCAGAACUGUUUAAAAUUAAGACAGAAGCCAGAAGUGAUGCUUUACAUGCAGAAUUGUUUGGAUCAAUUUCUGAAACUGGCGCUAUCAAGAGAAUUUAUGGAAAGUAUCUGCGAGCGGAGAGUUUCCGAAAAGCGCUCGUUUAUCAGAAGAAAUACCUGUUACUCCUACUCGGUGGAUUUCAGGAAUGCGAGCAAGCAACACUCUCAUUUAUAGCCAGAAUGGGGGGUUACUCAUCUUGCACCGAUUUACAGAUUAUUACCCACCAUUCCAGAAGUUUUACCAGAUUUCGCUCAGUGGUUAGAGUCUCCAUAGCGAUUUCAAGGUUGAGAUUCUUGGUCCGAAGAUGGCUGCGAGCUGCUGGGUCAAGUGGUUUGUCUGGUAACAGGAACAGUCACAGCCAGGUUUCAGCUAAUGACCCAAGAGUGGAUUCUCCUUUCCUACAUUCUGGAAGCAUGUCUUUGGAUUCAAGCCUGACAAGAGAAUUACUUGGAGAUCGUAGACACUGCACAAGUAGACAAAGAUCUGGUCAAGAAUCUCCCAGAUCAGCCACAAACUCUCAACCCCGGUAUCAAUCAAAUCUACUUGAUUCUAAUCCAGGCUCUUUGGCAUCCUCACACCUCCAAAGCUAUGAUCCUGACAGAGCUUUAACAGAUUACAUUAAUAGAUUGGAAUCAUUGCAGAGAAGACUGGGAAGUGUGCAAUCAGGUUCAACAACUUAUGCUCAGAUGUACUAUGGCACAAGAAGAUAGUGGCUUGGAAACAGAUUUUGACUUGAAACGGAAUUGCUUUUGAAGCUGGGCUUUGUUUUUCUAUUUUGUGUAUAUUGUGGGACCAUCAUGGAUUUGAUAAUGGAAUGUGUUUUGCCUGCAAGUCCAAAUGAAAUAAUUUAAAUGAGUUUUAUUCUUUAUAUAAGUUUAAGCUUCCAGUGUGCACAAUACAAUCUGUCGAAACAAUUUGUGUAUAUUUAUGGAAUGCUAAUUUAAACAUGAUUAUAACUUAAUACUGUUUAUUUAAAAGGUGGAAGGAAAAAUGUUUAUUAAAUGGUUCUAAGUGCACUGCAGUCCUGCUAGUGGCUGCUGAGCUUACACUACAUGGUCCAUAAAUAGCUAUGGCAUUGUGGACAGUACACAGUUUGUAGAGGAAUUAUUUUUGUAACGGUAGAAGUUUUGAAUUAUAUGGGCAUUUUGUCAAAGUACUAAAAUAAAUAUGGAUUCAAAAUUCAGAUUUCUGAAACUUGCCAUUUUCUCUGUGAAGUACAUGUAUGAAGAUAAGAAGUUAGCCUGCCUAUAGAAUUUUAACUUUAAGCCUGAAUCUCCCUUUAUUUAACUUGUUGAAAGGAUACUUUUAUGUUGCAGCCUUCUGCCCCUUAGAAACUGAAAUUAGAUCUUUUGAUCCAUUAGACCUCUGAAACCUGAUCCAAAAUGUGUUUUAAUAUUCUAUCCCCUCAUAAUGGUGGUAAAUCUCUUCAGUGGUUAUCUAUCUGCAGCUGUGUUUUCCCAUUUAAUAAGAUCCUUAACCUAUAAUGUGACUAACAAAAAGAAGCGAUCAUAGGGACAUUGUCCUUUUUCCAAAAUUGAGGUUCUGCUUAAUUUGAUUUUUUUUCUCUCUCAAUGAGUGUUUCAAUAUGGAAUGAGAAAAUGGGAUCCAUUCCCAUAAAGAUCACUCCUUUCAACAAACCAGACAUAGUUUGUACCUUCAUGAAUGCUAUUCAAAUUAUUUAAUUCUUGAGAGAUGGACAUACCAGCUGAUAGGAUUUCAAAAGUGAUACCUAAAAUUCCUCUUGAUUCAGAGUAGUUUAAUGAAAACCCCAGGAAAACAGUCAAACAUUGCAGUCUGCCUUAUUGAACCCUGACAAGUAAUAUUUCAUAAACUAUGUCACCAUAGUUACUGCAGAACUAGUCAUAAUGUUCCAGAAUAUUAAACAAUCUCUUAAGUGUAGCCUUAAAACAGUCAACGCUGCCUUUAACCACAUAACAUCCAACUUAUUGAAAGGUGUGAACUCAUCUAACUACUUUCAAGGUCUAUAUCCUCAAUGCACGAAAAGACCUACUCAGGAAAAGGUUUAAAAGUUUAUUCAAAUAUUUAUCAGUCAUAAUGAGAUUUGUCAAUUUUUUACAAGUAUCCUAUAGUAUUGGAAGUCACAGAAACUAAGUAACCUGCCACCAUAUAAAUCAUCUAUGGCUUUCAGCAUUUCAAACACCAAAUCAACCUCCCUGAUGGUCCAUCUGAUUAAGGCUGAGUGAGUAAUGCAGACCAAGAGUUUUUAUCCCAGUUACAUGAUCUCAUUUAGGGCUGCCACUGGGACAUCGGCUUAAGGAGGGGAUGUUCGUCAAUUCAAUUCUUUAGGCAUAUCUUCAUAACUUGGUUAUAAACCAUAGAAGUUUGCUUGAUGGUCUUGCUGAACCCUUUCAAAUGCAUCAACUGGGUUUUUAAAGUUGGAGUGACCAAAAUUCUUUAUGUGCCCAUUUUUGCAGUUAGAUAUUGGUCAAAUGCCUCCAUUAAAUACCAGUACUUUAUUAGUUUUAUUGAUAAUUAACUCUCUGCAACUGGAUUAUUUCAGUGAAUAUUCAAGAAUUAUACCAAAUCCUUUCUCUAUUGGGCAUUGUUCUGUAGAUAAAAGUUAAAGCAAGAUCCCAUCUGCUUAUUUAGAUGGUCAUUAACCAUCCCAUGGCACUAAUCCAAGGAGAAUGGAAAUGUUUCCUGGUGUCCUGGCCAAUGUUUGUUUAUAAAUGCCACCAAAACAAGUGAUUAUUCAUCUCAUUGCUGUUUGCCUACAUAACAGUUACUGAACUACAAAAGUACUGUUUCAAAAAUUGAAUGUUUAUUGUAUACCAGUUUCAUGUUUCCUGUAACAAUGCAUGUUGCUUUACAUUUAUCUACAUUAAACUUUGUUAUUCCUUAA